AUGCGAUCUGUGACUUUGGUGAUAUCUGUGAUUCUGCUUUAUUCAGUGUUCGGCGUUACUCGGGGUGAAUUGCAAGAUUGGGAUGGCUCAUCGGUUUGCAAAGAAUGGAAAAGUCGGAGAACAUCGAGAUACGUCCCCUACGUAGAAACGUACCGCAAACGAGUAUUCUUCAUCUGGCGAACGAUGACCCGUUUGAACUACAAAUGGGAGUGGCAAACAGAAUGGUAUACCUCCGUCGAGUGUUGCGGUGGCUACCACGAGGAGGACAAUACCUGCAGGCCGACCUGCGACGGCGACUGCGGACAUGGACUCUGCAUAAGUCCCCAAAAAUGUUCCUGUGAUGUUGGAUAUCGAGUUCAGAUGAGCUCCUCCGGUCAAACGUGUAUUCCAGAAUGUAUUCAUGGCUGCAUCAACGGCAUCUGCACAGCUCCGUCGAUCUGCACUUGCGACGCUGGUUAUGAACUGUCAAAUGACCAUUACACAUGUAUACCAUCGUGCAAGCCAAGAUGUGGGAAACACAGUCACUGUGUUACGACAAAUAAGUGUGAGUGUAUCGACGGAUACGAAUUGAAGAACAUCACGGACAGGUACAGCGCAGGUUCUCCUGCAGUUAGUUGUGAGCCACUUUGCUCCCCUGAUUGUGGAGCCUACAGCACCUGCAUUGAGCCAGACGUGUGCCAAUGCCAGGUGGGCUACGAGUCCCACUCUAUCCAUCUAAUUGGAAACCCAGUUUCAUCUUCAAGCGAUUGUCAACCCGCUUGUGAGCCAACAUGUGGUGAACACAGUGAUUGUGUAGCACCAAAUGUAUGUGCAUGCAAGGAUGGUUAUUCUCCCGUAGAUGAAGACAUGCAUCAUUGCGAGCCAGUCUGUAUCCCAUCUUGCGGAGAAAACGGCAGUUGCAUUGAGCCCAACAAAUGCCAGUGUAAUAAAGGUUACAAUAUCGUACUUGAGAGAAACAAUGACACCCUCGAAGUGACCUCCGUUAGGUGUGAGCCCAUCUGUGAUCCACCAUGUGGAAUCCGCGGAGAUUGUAUUGCUCCAGACACUUGCUCCUGCGAAGAUGGUUGGGAGCUCACUUCAGCUCAUAGUCUUGGUCCGAAGUACUGUUCACCGCAUUGCAAGGUUCACUGCGGAAUGCAUGCUGUCUGCACAAAGCCAAAUGUCUGUGAAUGUAUCCAUGGUUUCGAAAUGAGUGCCAAUCGAACUUCUGACACAAUCGAUUGUCAUCCCGUUUGUGAUAAGCCCUGCAUCCAUGGAACCUGCCUUGCUCCAAACUUAUGCAUUUGCGAUGAUGGUUACAAUAUCGAUACCGAUGAUUCCUUCAACUGCGAACCUGUUUGCGGCACAUCAGGCUGCGUCAAUGGUGUCUGUAAAGAACCAAACGCCUGCUCCUGUUUCAAUGGAUACCAACUCAGUUCUGAUCCUCAACAAUCUUACGUGUGCGAACCGAUCUGCGAUAAGUGUAACAACGGAACAUGCUUUAAACCUGGUCUGUGUGUCUGCAAUGACGGUUAUGAAAUGAGCAAAGAUGCAGGAUGUGUUCCAACUUGCUACGGCGGAUGCAGAAAUGGGACCUGUGUGGGUCCAAACAACUGCGUCUGCGAUGCAGGCUUCAAGUUUAUUGACAAAAUUCCAGACGUGGUACUCGAUCCGUCCAUUCUGAGUUUGUGUGAGCCCAUUUGCGAGGUGGAGUGUCAAAAUGCCACCUGCACAGCGCCAAAUACAUGCACUUGUCUCACUGGAUAUCAGAAAAAUGAUCAAGGUGAUUGCAGCCCAAAUUGCGACGGUCGCUGCACGUUUGGUGAUUGUGUGGCACCUAGCCAGUGUCGAUGUAAGGAUGGUUACAUUGCGGUUGACGAAAGGGAUGGUGAGUUUUGCCAGCCACACUGUGGUGAUGGUUGCACUAAUGGCAAAUGCGAGUCUCCUGGUAACUGCAAGUGCGACGAGGGCUACGUCUUGGACAUUUUCAAUGCAACUCUCUGUCUUCCUGUCUGCGAACCUGACUGUGGUCAUGGUGAAUGUAUUGCACCAAAUGACUGCCAGUGUUACGAGGGUUUUAUUAAGGAGAAUGGAACAGAUAUAGAGGGCCAAGUGAGUACCUGUGUCAAUGCUUGUGGUAGUGGCUGUGGAGAUCAUGGGAUUUGCGACUUGGAAAACCGGACGUGUCACUGUUUUUACGGUUGGAGUGGUAAAAAUUGUGGAACCGCGACAUCCUGCGGGAUUAUCCUUCACGAGAAUGAUGUGGAUUUACUCCGAUGGAUUUCUGAUAGGAAUGAAACGAACGACACCAGGGGGAGUUUUGAGACCGUAAACUGGCACGGACCUAGAUGCAGCGAAAAAUGUGAACUGGAACCGAGCGACUCCACUAACGGCUGCUAUCGUCUUUUAUCGGAUGAUGAACGAUAUGGCAAUGACACCAGGAUCGUGUGUUUCAUGAGCGCGACUUUACCCUGCAACGCCGCAGAUCUACAUUCAGAUAAUCUCGUUUACUCUGGAAUAGUCGGUACUAUCGUCCUCAUAAUUGCAAUUGCCGGUACGACUGGGGCGGUUUUACUGUUAGCAAAAAGACGCCGAAAACUGGAUUGCAAUGCUAUCCGGGAUAAUAGUGACAACCUGUUGGAACAAUCAGACGCCACGGAUUCGUUGAUGCGCAGUGAAGAGUAUUCUUACCUGUGAAUUGAAUAAUUGAAGUGGAUUUUUACGGUGAUAGUUCUACGUCUGAGUUACUCAACGAAAUUGGAGAGCAAACGACACUGAAAUUAUUUACAAUCUGAGAGGAGUAACAGACUCGAGUAUAUUUAUUUUAACUGCGGUAUUAUCCUUUGCAUAUGUAUACCCUUUUCAA